AGAUUGCGGAAGAAGUCGUGAUGUGGCUUGCUGAACGACACGGAUUAGCCUAGCAUGUGGAGUUUAAAUGGGCUGGAUCAGGUUAUUUAUCACCCUUAUUGCAUUAUCUAACGAUGAAACUAGUGGAUAGAGGUGCAGUUUUGUGUUUUCUGGUUUUGAUAUCUCUCGUGUGGGGAUGUGAAUGCGAUGACACACACGCUGAGCUCUCAGAGCGCAGGAGAGAGCAGGAGCAGGCUGAGGAGCAGAGCCAACAUCAAACACAAACACUCACCGAUGGAGAAGAACAAAACGGACAAAAUGAAAACCCUGACCCACAAACCGACUCUCACAGAAUAAACGGCACAGAAACACUCGGAAAUGAAACGUUACACAGCGUCGCGUCCACUGCCAAGCCGACGACCUCGACCCCGCCCACGGUCAAGCCCAUUCUGCCGGUUCAGACGGGGGUCAAGGCUCAGGAGGAGGAGCAAUCGAGCGGCAUGAGCAUCUUCUUCAGCCUACUCGUCAUCGGAAUCUGCAUCAUACUGGUUCACCUGCUGAUCAGGUUCAAGCUUCACUUCCUGCCCGAGAGCGUGGCUGUGGUUUCACUAGGAAUCCUGAUGGGAGCAGUUAUAAAGAUCAUUGAGACUCAGGAGCUGGCCAACUGGAAGGAAGAGGAAAUGUUCAGACCCAACAUGUUCUUCCUCCUGCUGCUGCCUCCAAUCAUCUUUGAAUCAGGAUACUCUCUUCAUAAAGGAAACUUCUUCCAAAACAUCGGCUCCAUCACGCUGUUCGCCGUCAUCGGGACCGCCAUAUCCGCCUUCAUCGUCGGGGGAGGGAUCUACUUCCUGGGACAGGCGGACGUUAUUUACAAGAUGACCAUGACGGACAGUUUUGCAUUUGGUUCUCUGAUCUCAGCAGUGGAUCCCGUAGCCACCAUCGCCAUCUUCAAUGCUCUGAACGUGGACCCGGUCCUGAACAUGCUGGUGUUUGGAGAGAGCAUUCUAAACGACGCCGUAUCCAUCGUGCUGACAAAUACUGCAGAGGGCUUCACCGGCCCCGACGCCGCGUCUGUAACGGGAUGGCAGACAUUCCUGCAAGCUCUCGGUUACUUCCUGAAAAUGUUCUUUGGCUCGGCUGCUCUCGGCACGCUCACCGGCCUCAUCUCCGCCCUCAGUCUGAAACACUUUGACCUGAGGAAGACUCCGUCUCUAGAGUUCGGGAUGAUGAUCAUCUUCGCCUAUCUGCCCUACGGUCUGGCUGAAGGGAUCAAACUCUCGGGUAUAAUGGCCAUCCUGUUCUCAGGUAUCGUGAUGUCUCACUACACUCAUCAUAACCUGUCUCCUGUAACGCAGAUCCUCAUGCAGCAGACGCUCCGCACCGUCGCCUUCAUGUGUGAAACCUGUGUGUUUGCCUUUCUGGGUCUCUCCAUUUUCAGUUUUCCCCACAAGUUCGAGUUUUCUUUUGUUAUCUGGUGCAUUGUUCUGGUGCUGCUCGGUCGGGCUGUAAACAUCUUUCCCUUGUCCUUCUUACUCAACUUUUUCCGCGACCACAAAAUCACACCGAAGAUGAUGUUCAUCAUGUGGUUCAGUGGCCUGAGGGGGGCGAUCCCGUAUGCCCUGAGCCUCCACCUCGGCCUGGAGCCCAUCGAGAAGCGUCAGCUCAUCGGCACCACCACCAUCGUCAUUGUGCUCUUCACUAUCUUGCUGAUGGGGGGCGGGACCAUGCCUCUCAUCCGCAUCAUGGACAUCGAGGACAGCCAGUCACGGCGCAGGAACAGAAAGGACAUCAACCUGAGCAAGACGGAGAAGAUGGGUAACACAGUAGAGUCGGAGCAUCUCUCAGAGCUGACGGAGGAGGAGUACGAGGCUCAGAUCGUACAGCGUCAGGACCUGAAGGGCUUCCUGUGGCUGGACGCUAAAUACCUCAAUCCCUUCUUCACUCGCAGACUCACACAGGAGGAUCUGCUGCACGGCCGAAUCCAGAUGAAGACUCUGACCAAUAAGUGGUAUGAGGAGGUGCGGCAAGGUCCGUCCGGCUCCGAGGACGAGGAUGAUGAAGCUGAACUACUCUGAACCUCACACACACACACACACACACACACACACACACACACACACACACACACACACUCUUCUACUGAGUGUGGUACAUGGGCUGUACCACUGUACCAAGUCACUGGAACGUGCCAAAAUCCCACAGAAGUGGGCGUGUCUGGGUGGAGUUAGAUGGAGAGAAAGUUAACACUUUUUUAUAUUUAUAUUAAAAAAAAGGGAAGGAUUUAAAAGAAAUUUCAAUAAGAAAGGAAUUUCCACAUGAAGGCAGUAGCCGCUUUAUUUCUUUAUGUUCUGGGGUUUUAUAAUGAAGUUGCUUUUUUUAAAAUUGUAAAUUACAAUUGUAAAUCUGGAAUAAAGACAAAUUUCCACACAAACACACACACACACACACACACACACCUACCUGCUGAUGUAAAGCAUACCUUUAAGGAGAAUAUUCAGAGAAAUAGGAUCAAGCAUCAUCUAUUUCUUAUUUAUCUAUAAACUAAAUGAAAAAUCGUGCAUCCGCCAUCCUGCUGUUGCUAUAGAAACCACGACGUAUUAGAAGGAGAACAUUAACACAAAUCCACACUGCUGUAAAGAAAAGGAAUCAACGCCUUCUGACCAAUCAGAGCCCGGAUUUGGACUAGUGCGUGUGUGUGUGUGUGUUCUACUAUAAACAGAUUAGAUUUGAUGUUAAAUUUCUCUUUAUUCCAGAUGUUUGUUUUGUGGUGUAAAAGGACGUUCUUGAAUGUACGAGUGAUGUGUUUUUUCUUCUGCUCGUUUAUUUGAUAUUUAUUUGUUUUCUGUUUAAUCGUAAGAAAUAACUGGAGAUUUUCUGUUUGUUUCUUGUUGCUACUGAAUCGUUUUAAUGAGAAAAGCUGCAGAGAAUGUAGGAGAAAUUAUUAUUAUUAUUAUUUUUGUUUAUGAGAAACAUGUUUAUUAAAAAUAAGCUAAUAUGUUGACGUUGUUUUAAACAGAACAGUGACAUUAUUAUUCAGUGUGUUUAUGAAGGUUACUGGAAAGAAAAUUGUUCACUACAUAAGGUCGGGGGGGGGUGCCUUAAAGAGAAUUUAUUUACAAAUAAUUAACAAUGGGUGUGUCCAAAAAUGAGGCAAAGUCAAAGUGAUUUAUAUUUGUAGCAAUAAAAAAUUUACUGUCUAUCCAUAUACACUAUAUUGCCAAAGUUUUGGGACGGCCGUCUGAAUUAUUGAGUUCAGGUGUUGUUUUUCAGGGGUUGGGCUCUGCCCCUUAGUUCCAGUUUGGGGAUGAAUUAGAGUGGAGACUGUGAGCCAGACCUUCUCCAACAUCGUUGCCUGACCUCAGAAAUGCGCUUCUAGAGGAAUGGUCAAAAAUUCCCAUAAACACACUCCUAAACCUUGUGGAAAGCCUUCCCAGAGUUGAAGGCUGUUAUAGCUGUAAAGGGUGGGACAACUCCAAAUUACAUUCAUGUGCAUGUAAAGGCAGACGUCCCAAUACUUUUGGCCUGUCUCACAGUCUCCGCUCUAAUUCAUCCCAAAGGUGUUCUAUGGGGUUGAGGUCAGGACUCUGUGCAGGUCAGUCAAGUUCCUCCACACCAAACUCACUCAUCCAUGUCCUUAUGGACCUUGCUUUGGUCACUGGUGUGCAGUCAUGUUGGAACAGGAAGGGGUCAUCCCCAAACUGUUCCCACAAAGAGCAUGAAAUUGUAGCAUUAAGAGUUCCUUUCACUGGAACUAAGGGGCGGAGCCCAACACCUGAAAAACAACACCUGAAUUCAAUGAUCUGGAGGGGUGUCCCAAUACUUCUGGAAAUAUAGUGUAUUAUCAAAGAAAAAUAAAUAACAUUGAUGUAAAAGUUUGCUUUUAUUAUAACCUAAUAAUUAUAUUAUUAAUCGCUAAAAUUAUUAUUAUUAUUAUUUUAGUAUAAUUGCUAGCUGUGAGCUGAUUUUGCCUCGGAUUUGGAUUUUGUUUUUUAUUUCAGUUUUUUUUAUCCAGUUUUUUUUUUGGAAAGCUGGUAUUUCUAGAUAAACUAUAAAACAUGAGUUUUCCUUUCCCACAUGGGGACCUAAACUUCUGCACUCCACUCAGUGUGCUGUAUAAAAACUCUACAGAUGAAGGAGAACAGACUUCACACACCCGGAGUUCGUGAGGUUAAAAUAAAUAAAUAAAUGAAGCCAAGUGGUUUUCAUUGCCCGGAUUUGUACUGAGUGUUAAAGCUUCUGUUUACGUCUAAUCACAUCGUCACGUCCGAUCAUCACGUGGCCGAGGGACGAGGAGAACACGGUGAACGUGAAACUGCUGAUGAAGGAACUGCAUUCCAUUAGCGCUUUCAGUUUGGCUUUUCCUGCUCAGGAGAAACAUUUCUGUUUUCUGAAAUACUGUGACAGAAAUAAAUAAAUUCAUUACUAAA